AUGUGUUUUUAUGCCAAACAGAAAUAUGUGGCGGCCAUAAGCUGCUUGAAGAGGGCAUUGUGGGUGCAGCCGCUCAACUGGAGGACGCUCUUUAAUUUGGGAUUAGCUCAUUUAGCCACCUUGCAGCCAGCGUCUGCCUUCAACUUUGCUUGCGCGGCAGUCAAUCUGCGGUCGGAUGUUGCGGACUGUUUUGCCGUUUUGGGAGCAUCGCUCAUUGAACUCAAGGAUCCCGAAAACGCUGCUAGAGCGUUUCAUCAAGCGCUACUUCUCUCCCCAGAAGAUCUUCACCUGAUAUUGAAUGCAAGUGUCUGUUGCCUCACUGCUGGAAUGAAUAAUCAGGCAGUGGAUUUACUGAGAAAGUUCAAUGCAUUGAUUGAAAAUGGAGCGACAUGCACAGACGAGUUAUCGGAUUUGGCGAGCAGGGUAUCUAUUGAAUUAGAGCGAAUUCAGCCACUCGACAAUCAAAUGGAAAUUUUGGCGGACCCGCACAGUUCGAAUUUGAGCAAUCAAACACGUAUGGACGAUCAAGAGCAGGUCGAUAUGCUGAAGACCUCCAGGGAAAUUAUUGAAAGGGAAAUGGAACCAGAUGAGGUGUAA